GAAUUUUCCAAAGUUAGCUCGUCGCGUCCCCAUUCAAAGGUCCCACUCCAAACUCCUUCACUGAACAGUGAACACCAUAUCACCAUAUUCCCACCUCAGAUCCAACUUAUUUCCAGUUCACAGCCCUGUUCUUUAUUUUUCUUUUUUGGUGGGGACACCCCUUAAAUCGAAAUUCCCCGAGAGAUCCUUUAUCAGCAGCAGAGGAUAAAAACAUGUUGGAGUUACUUGGACUCUUCGUGUUUGGCACGGUUGCCUUGAAGGUGUUCAAAAAGUCGUCCCCGAACGGGAAAUUGACGGUUUAUCUCGGUAAGCGAGACUUUGUUGAUCAUCUGGGAAAAAUUGAUCCCAUUGACGGAGUCGUUGUUGUGGACACCGAUUAUCUCCAAGGAAGAAAAGUUUUCGGACUGGAGAAGCUGAUCAAAAAAUUGGGGGCAAAUGCGUACCCGUUCUUCUUUGAACUUCCGGCGACGUCCCCAACAUCAGUCACUUUGCAGCCUGGAACCUUGGACUCUGGAAAGCCCCUGGGGGUUGAAUAUGACCUCAAAACGUGGAUCGCCGAAAGCAAGGAAGAGAAGCCACAUCGAAGGUCUUCCGUUUCUAUGGCCAUUAGAAAGGUUCAAUACGCGCCAGUGGAAAAGGGCAGCCGGCAACCCAGUGCCAUCGUGAGCAAGGGUUUCGCCCUGGCCACGGGCAAAAUCAACCUGGAAGUGACUCUGGACAAGGACAUCUACUACCACGGAGAGCGGAUCACUGCCAAUGUCCGCGUGAGCAACAACUCCAGGAAAACAGUCAAGUGUUUCAAAGUCGGCAUUAUCCAGCACUGCGAGGUGACUGUGGUGAAUGCCCAGUUCUCCAGAGAGGUCGCCUCUCUGCAGACCAAAGAAGGGUGCCCCAUCACCCCGGGGGCGUCCCUCAACAAGCAGUUCUUCCUCACCCCAGUCGCCGGGGAAUUGUUCUUCUUUCUCCCGCAGCGAGACCUGCCAGCGUAG